CCGAUUUACUCCCAAUGCAUUCUGGUACCGUACCUUGUCUUGUAUCGGGAGAACCGCCGCUAAAGCAAAACCGGUUAUUGACUAAGGUCCCCAAGUGUCUCCAGCCAUGUCUGUGAGGGAGUCGUUUAACCCAGAAAGCUACGAGCUAGACAAGAGCUUCAGACUCACACGCUUCACUGAGCUCAAAGGAACCGGCUGCAAGGUGCCCCAGGAUGUGCUACAGAAGCUUCUAGAAGCCCUACAGGAGAACCACUAUCAAGAGGAUGAACAGUUCCUCGGGGCUGUAAUGCCCAGACUGGGCAUUGGUAUGGACACCUGUGUCAUUCCCCUGAGACACGGGGGUCUUUCCCUUGUCCAGACGACAGACUACAUCUACCCCAUAGUGGACGACCCCUACAUGAUGGGGCGGAUUGCAUGUGCCAACGUUUUAAGUGACCUGUACGCCAUGGGAGUAACGGAAUGUGACAACAUGUUGAUGCUUCUGGGGAUCAGUAACAAACUUUCAGAAAAGGAGCGGGACAAGGUGAUGCCUCUCAUCAUCCAAGGGUUCAAAGAUGCGUCAGAGGAAGCGGGCACGUCUGUUACCGGGGGACAGACGGUCCUCAACCCCUGGGUUGUCCUGGGAGGGGUGGCCACUACGGUCUGUCAACCCAACGAGUUCAUCAUGCCAGACAACGCUGUGCCAGGAGAUGUGUUGGUUCUCACCAAACCUCUGGGGACACAGGUGGCUGUGGCUGUACACCAGUGGUUGGACAUUCCUGACAAGUGGAAUAAGAUCAAAUUGGUGGUUACUCAAGAGGACGUAGAACUGGCCUAUCAAGAAGCCAUGAUGAACAUGGCCCGACUCAAUAGGACAGCGGCAGGCCUGAUGCACACCUUCAAUGCCCACGCUGCCACUGACAUCACUGGCUUUGGGAUCCUGGGCCACGCACAGACUCUGGCACGGCAACAGCGCAGUGAGGUGUCGUUCGUGAUCCACAACCUCCCCGUGCUCGCCAAGAUGGCCGCCGUGUCCAAGGCUUGCGGGAACAUGUUCGGACUGAUGCACGGCACAUGUCCAGAGACAUCAGGUGGUCUGUUGAUCUGUCUUCCCAGGGAGCAGGCGGCUCGUUUCUGUGCGGAGAUUAAGUCUCCUAAAUACGGCGAGGGUCACCAGGCCUGGAUCAUCGGUAUUGUGGAGAAGGGCAACCGCACUGCCCGCAUCAUUGACAAACCAAGAAUCAUCGAGGUCACUCCUCAGCUCUCCACACAGAAUGUCAACCCCACGCCCGGGGCCACCUCAUAAAACCCCCCACGCUGCACUGCAGACCGGAACCAGAGAGCUUGGAGAGUUUUUUUUUAGACGCAUAUUCUAGAAAACCAUCCUACAGUGUGUCAAAUGAAUACACGUGUGUGAAUGUGUGUGUGUAUAUAUAUAUAUAUGUGUGUAUGUAUAUGUGUGUGUAUUUAUAUAUAUACACACACACAAACACACACACACACACUUACACGCAAAAUUAACUGGGUUGCUGUAUGUGUACACCUGCCUCAGAGAGAAGCCUUAGGGGCAGGUCAUCACAGAAUGGAUGCAUUAACAAAAAAGAAAGGAAAACAAAUCUCUAAAAUGAAAAGAACAAAGUAAAAAUCCAUUUGCCUUUUGUGUCUGUAAUCUGUUACGUUUAACUGAAGAGGCAGGCAGCGUCUGGGUUUGAGAAUAGAUGAUUAUCUGAUACUGUUGAUUCAUUCUGAAUCUAGAGACUGGGUGUCCGUUGCCUCUUGGGCUCUUUUUAAAGGAUGCUCACUGUUGACAAGCCAGUGUAAUCAGUGGGUAGCGAGAUAGCGUUUUUGUUUGUCCGUUCACUAUGUGUACAGUUUAAAAGCCUAGUUAUAGUUCAAUGCUGUAACCGAUGCCUUGAAAGAUUGAAAAUAACCGAAGAGGAGUGUAAACAUUCGGGUUGCUUUUUUUACUUUUCACUUUUUGUAUUAUCCCCCAAAAAUCAAAUAAAUCAAAUAGAUGUAUA